AUGAAAGUUGCACUAAAACCAUCCCCUUCAUCAAAAACAACGACAAAAUAUUUUAAUGACAACAUACCUUCAGAAGAACAAAUUGAAGUAGAUCCUGAGACACUAGUCGAGAGACUAAUCGAGACACUGGUUGAGACACUGGAUGAGACAUCACCAGAGAACUCUUUUGAAGAGCCCACAUUUCACAAACCGUAUUUAUGGUGCAAGGAGUUUUAUCAAAAACAAAAUCGGUUCAAGAAUCCUUAUAUCAAAUUUAAUCAGAGCCUAGUACGGAAUCGAGAUUACAUAGAUCUUUAUCAAAAAAAUUCUACUCGAGAUUUUCAACAAAUUGUUAACGAUGGCAAACGUAAUUCACCUCAAGUAGGGUCUAUAGUCGAGUUUGUGCAAAAUAAUGACUGCGAGGUUGGAGUUGUUAUUAGGAACCUUGGAGCUCGGUUCGAUGAACGACUAAACCAUCUCCUAGUACUUACAUCAUCAAACAGGAUUGUUAAAGUUAAACCGCUUGAAAUUAAAUUCCACUUGCACAAGGUCAUGCACCCUAUGGCUGCAGAGAAGUGUCAACAAAUAUUACUUAAUCGUCACGAUACAAACCACUAUUAUAGAAACAAAGUCGUUAAUUUUGUCAAUAACUAUAUCUAUGAUGUUUUGCGGAUGAAACGCAACAUUCGGCCGCAAGUCAAUAGAAUGUAUACUCAGUUUACCGGAGAUAGGAUGGUUCCAAUUACUAUAGUCGAUGCCAUUGAUUCCCUUAAAUUUGUUGAAUCUGAUUUACUCAGAAUAGCUCAAUCAUAUUACCACCAAUGCGUUCUAGUUCAUUGUAUACACUGGACUUUUAUGGAAUCAUGCAUGUGGAUUGUACCAAAUUAUGUUGGGCCAGCAGUUACAAACUUGACAAUGUGGAAGUAUUCCAAUGAUUAUAUAUCCACCACGCAAUAUUUUGUCAACUCGGAGCAAAACUGGUUGAGCAUUUACAAUUUCCAGCAAUCAAUGUCAGCUGAUGAAAAUAGGUGUAUUCAGGAUUUAAACAACUUUAUAGCAAACGUCAAAUCCAUGGGUAAAGAUGAGCUCGAGAUGUACCUUUGUGUAUUUGAAGGUCGACACUAUGUGGAUUUUCUCAAUGUCUUGAAAUUUGCUGUUGUUUAUCCGCAUGAUUCGAUAAUAACGCAUCUUAAUAAAUUGGAUGUGUUCAAAAACGGGUGCUCUGUUGCGAGAAUUUAUCAAGAACUUAUAGAUAUGAAAAUAUAUGACUUGAAAAAUGAAAAAUCAGACAUGUUUUUGGGAGCUGGUCUUGUUGCCGGUAAUGCAUUGAAUGCAAGCACUUUGCAAAUAAGAAACCAAACAAAACAUUUUAUGCAACAGCUAUAUGAUUCGAUAUUUAAGAAUAAGAAAAAGGAUUAUGCCAAACAUCUAAGGUUUGGAAGAAAGUAUUAUACCGACCACACUGUUUACGGAUUUUUAGCUAAUGAAGAAGACCCUGGUAGUCUUAUUGCUGUUUCAUUGGAGACCAUUAAUUCGCGAAAUUCAUUGAUUAAUAUCCAUAUCCCUGACUUUGUCACGAAAAUCUCUCCAAGCAGCCAAGCAUUUAAAGAUCUCAUUCUAGGUAGAUACUCACAAUUGGAUUUAAAUACGGAAAAUAAAAGAAGCGCUAUUCGACUGAAUCCGAUUUUGGAGAAAUUACUGUUUAAAAACUAUGCAGUUUUCGAUCAAGACGAGGAUCUCUGGGAUGAUUUAUUUGAUUCUAAAAGGAUGCGAAGAACAAGAGAAAAUAUAUCGGAUGUUACUUGUUUAACUAUAACUUUUCGUUUCAACUCUAUGGAAUCGAACCCAUUUGAUGAUUUGCAUGAUAAAAUAUCAGUUUCUUUUGAUUCAUUAACAGGUGUAAACUUGAAAAAUAUGAGCAAAUCGGUACUCAACGAUUGUCUCACAGGUCGGUUGGAGCCCUCUUUCUUUAGCCUUCUUCACCGAAAGCACAAUCAACAACAACGGCAAGUCCCAACGCAAGAACUCAACUCAACAACAACAAAAACUGAAACAACAACAUCAACAACUGAAACAUCAGCCUCGUCAUCCUCAGUAUCGACAUCAGCUUCAUCACAGAAUAAACAGUCUACCCCUAACCUAAACAAAGCCGAUAUACACAACUUAAACUACAUUCAUGGCGUUUUGAAAACAUUUUUCAAAGUUCGUGGACACGCAGGAGCCAACACAAUGGAAAGUGAAGAUGAUUCUGAUUCAAUUUCUUCUAAUGCCAAUGAGAAUAGCGGCUCGACUCUUUCGUCGAAUCGAGGUUACAAUGGCGGCCAUUCAUUUUUAGGUCAGUCUGUAUACCUUCGUGAGAGAUCUGCUCCAACAACAUCGAGACCAGUAUCGGCAUCAACAGGAACAGCAGAUUUUAUGGUGAGAGAAACCAAGCUUUUUGCAGAUCUUUUGGCUGCAGAAUUCUGCAGUUUCAAUGGUAUUCCAAUUGCAAAGCAUCUGCAAGAAAUUGAUCCUAUAGAAUACGAAUCUGAUAAGGUCACUGUGCAUCAUGAUAACGUAAUGAUACCACCUUUGGAAUCCCUAAAUUAUUAUCACAGUAUUAUGGCGAAAAAUACUAAUGGCUAUAUCUCACAAAAUGCGCAUAUAAUCUCCAACAAUUAUCUACAACCACAGAAAACAACAGUUCUGUGCGAUGAGACUUUUCAACCUUUGGGAUUUAGUGGAGGGUUUUCGGAAGUGGCAAAUGUAGCGAACUUCUCCGAGACGAUGUUGAAUCAUUUGCAAAUUUUUUCCUUUAUCCAAGCAAGGUUUAUGGCAAUGAAUUCCGAGAAAAAAUAUGAUGCUAGCAAUGAUAGAACCAAGAACAGCUUUUUUACUCAAUAUGAUUAUCUUGAACACGAAGGAUUUUCUCUUUUUGGCCCUUUCGAUGAGGCUAGUAUUUUGCCAACCGUGCUUAAUUUGGAAAAGUUUCAAUUAUAUGAGACGUUUUGGAAAUAUUGUAUAAAGAGAUUCCACACUUUACUUUGGGUACAACUGAACUUUCAGCUUUAUCAGGAUAAAACCUUUGAUGUGAAACUCGAAUGCAUUGUGACAUAUGUUGCAAAACAAGAACAUGUCGUUCUUUUAAAAUGUUUUUGUUCCGAUUGGGGGAUCGAGGUCGACGUUUUGGAUGGAAUUGGUAAUGAUGUUCAAAUUGGAAGCAGAAUUGUCUGUGAUGAGAUCUUACACCUAGACCCCAUUUCGGGAUCAUGUCUUUUGAAAAGCACCUCUAGUCCAGAACACAAUGAGUUUAUUUAA